ACCUGAUGUGGUUAGUGUCACCACUGUGACCAUGACUUUGCUGAGCUCUGAGGGAAUGGCUGAAGGGGCUUUAGGGGCCAGUGGCACCUCUUGCCCUCUCUGGACUGUACUUUAUGACUAUGAAGCCACUGGAGAAGAUGAGCUGAGCUUGCGGCGGGGAGAAGUGGUCGAAGUUCUCUCUAAAGAUGCUGCGGUCUCUGGAGAUGAUGGCUGGUGGGCAGGCAAAAUCCGCCAUCGCCUUGGUAUCUUCCCAGCCAACUAUGUGACUUACCAGCCAGUAUGUUGUCAGCAUCCCCAGCUGGAAUUAUUGGACAAAUCUGGGCAUCAAGCCCGAAGCCGAACAAUGGGUGAUGGGCAUUCUACAGGUGGUGAAGACCAUCUUGGUUCUCUUGCAGAGAUUGACUUCCAGAAUCUGGAGCUGCAGGAGAUCAUUGGAGUUGGGGGCUUUGGCAAAGUUUACAGAGCCGUGUGGAAAGGUCAGGAAGUGGCAGUCAAAGCAGCUCGGCAGGACCCAGAUGAAGACAUCAUGGCCACGGCGGAAAGUGUGCGGCAAGAAGCAAAAUUGUUCUCCAUGUUGAAGCAUCCCAACAUUAUUGAACUUCAUGGUGUCUGUUUGCAAGAACCCAACCUCUGCCUGGUUAUGGAAUUUGCUAGGGGAGGGCCACUCAAUAGAGUUUUGUCGGGGGCUUCCCCUACAGCUAGUGGAAGCCACUGGGGACGGCGCAUACCUCCUCACAUACUGGUCAAUUGGGCAGUGCAGAUAGCUUGUGGGAUGCUCUACCUACAUGAAAAAGCCAUAGUUCCGAUCCUUCACAGAGACCUCAAGUCGAGCAACAAGCAGAAACUUUCCCCUGAAGGCCUGGAUGCUAAGCGGCCAAAACAAUUAAAAUUGCCAAAUCAGGCCUAUAUUGAUCUACCUCUUGGGAAGGAUGAAAAAGGACUUAGUUCUGCAGAACCAGACAGCUUUGAAGAAGGGAAUUCAGCGAGUUCAACAAACAGCACACCACAAAUGACACCUACAGACAGUCUCAGCAGAACAUUGCAGAGAAAGAAAACGGACUCUGUGUUAUAUGGAUGUACUGUCCUCCUUGCAUCUGUAGCUCUGGGCUUGGACAUUAGGGAGCUGAACAGGUUGCAGAAUCCAGAGGAAGUGUUGCAUAAGGAAGAAAAGAAGAAGCGUGAUGGACUAUUUCAGCGAGCUUCCAAGUUUCGUCGAAGUUCAAGCCCUGAAAGGCUGCAGUCCAAAAAAGAGGGGACACACAUCACUUCAGUAAGCCCAUCUGCAAACACUGUGAAUCUUUUGUCUUUAUCUUCUGCUUCCAGUAAGUGCCUUCUGCAGUCUAACUGUGAAGAUACUGCUGCAAGGACGCUGCCCAGUGAUAGAGAUGGCCCUAUUAAAUGUCUGGUGGCUGAGAGCCCUGUAAAUAGAAAAGAACAAAUUGUUCCUGCCACUGGUUCCAACUUCCCAUGUCCCAGUCCUCUUCUCAAGCAGGAAUGCCAAUGUACACCAAAUGUCUCUUCCCCUAAAGUGAAAGUUAUGGGGCACAGAAGAACCGUGUCAGAUGGAAAUCCAUGUCAUGCUGCAACUAACGGUGUCCCUGAGGUUCUGCUCGUUUCAUCACUCUUACAAAGAAACCUUCCCAUCAGUGCAUCUCCUGAAAAGCAAGGACCUGUCAAUAUUAUACCAAGACCUCGACCUUCUUCAUUAAGAAGCAGGCUAGAUCCUUGGCAGGCUGUUUCACCAAAUGUGAAGUUAAGCCCUUUUGAGAUGGAUCAUUUGAAGGGUGAUAGAGGUUCCAAGGCUAACUCGUUAACAGACCCUGAGGCGAGAACUAAAUCCCACAUGCCCUCCUUACUUGAUAUUGAUGUUGAAGGUCAGAACAGUGAUUGUACAGUGCCUUUGUGCAGACUGAAGAGUAAAUCAUGCCGGCCAUCAAUAUAUGAACUGGAAAAAGAAUUUUUGUCAUAAGUGCCUUGAAUGUUAAAAUGCCAUUUUAAAAGAAGUAAGGUUUAACUUAAUUUUUUUGCAUCUAUGGCAAUUUUAUGCUGCUUUUUCCUAAGUUUAAUAACCAAGAUAACUGAUGGUACGCAAGAUCAGAUAAAGUAGUAAAUGUAGAAAGAAUGUUGGGGUUGGGAGGGAUAGUAGUUGCUCUGCUGGCCCAUCUGGUCAUUGACAAUAUUCUGAAUAAAUAGAUAUAUAUCAGGUUUAACAUACUUGUUACAAUUUGAUUUUAUAUUUCUGUUCAUGGUAUCAAAUACUUUUCUUUAUUCCAGUGUUGAUCAACGAGAUCUUAAAAGUCCCUUUUCAAUAUAAAUUGACAUUUUGCCUACAGAUGGCUUUCAGGAGAAAAACUGCUAGGAACUGGUUUCAAGAUUUCUUCAGAAGGCACUGAAACUGUGAUCUCAUCUUCACUAGAGAAAUAAUAAUUAUGACGUUUGGAAACCUCAGCCUCAGAUUUCAGAUUGUGUAGUUUUAAGGCAUAGUAAGAAUAGACGCAAUUUUGAUUUCAGCAAAGGUAAAAAUUUACCCAUGCCAGAUCAUCCAUCAUAAGGUUACUUGGAAAUCUGCACAUCUGAGAUCACAUUUUUAAAAAUGCAGCUUCCAUUGAUGAUGCAAUCAGACAUUGUUUUUAAAAAGUAUUUAAUAUUUUUAAUGAGAAACUAUGCAUGGAUAAAUGUGUCUCUAUGUGUCUUAUUUGCACUGAUGACGGUGCAUCCUGGACUGCUCUUAGUAUUGUUAAUUUGAACACAGUUCCUAAAAUCAUGAGUUUAUGAGUUUGUAUAUUUUUGAGUAUGGUGAUGGGGAGAAAACUGGAACAAAGCGCAUUUUUUCAAAUUGUUCACUGAGCAUAAUGCGUAGCAUGUUUGCAAAUGCUGUUAGAGCACUUCAGAUAUUGAAAAAGAGCCAAGGAUUGUUUUUGUUGCAAUCCACCAAUCAUUCUUUGAAUUUCCGUGUCAGUAUAUAGUCUUAAAAGCUAAAGCCUUAUAUCCUGGCUUAUUACUCAGUGUCAGUGAAUGCAUUUUGACAAAGGUGCAUUUGAAAUAGAUGGAGCAAUUUAAUUUAAAGCCUGUGUUGGCUACUUAUGUCACAGUGUUUGUUUUCAAUGAAUUCUUGAAGUCAUUUUAAGAUAUCAUUAUUAAAAUGUAAAGCUAGUGGUUCUUGUCCAUAAUUUCCAUUUUGAUAGAUUUCCAUUUGCUGUAGAAACGAAUUUGUCUAUGAAUGAAUCAUUAAUUUUG